GAGAGAGAGAGAGAGAGAGAGAGAUAGAAACACAGAGAGAGAGAGAGGGAGGGAAAACACUGGGAAGAGAGGCAGACGAAUAAAGAAUGAAGGAAUAAGGCAGAAAGAAGGGAGAGAGUGAGGGAGAAAGAGAGGGAGGGAAACAACAGCGGAACAGACAAGAUAAAGAGAGAUGAAGAAAAAACGAUAACAGGAACGGUUUUUGGACAACGAGAAAGAAAAGAAAGAGGAGGAGCUUAAGGAGACGGAGAGAGAGAGGACUACAGACUACAGUCUGAAGUAGACCAUGGUAGAUUUGUUCCUAGGUCGUUCACUAGUAUGUAACAACAGAGACCGUGUUGAGUACGAUACGGAACGGGAGGUCAUACUCCGUCUCCAGAACCGGAUCCUGCUCCUGUUCUUCGGUUCAGUAGAAAGCCAACGGUGCCAGGAGUUCGUCCCCACACUUAAGGACUUCUUCAAGCGUCUAACAGAUGAGUUCUACGUGGAACGCUCCGCCCAGUUGGUCCUUAUGUACAUCAGCCUGGACCAAUCAGAGGAGCAGCUGGAGAACCUCCUCAAAGAGCUGCCCAAGAAAUGUCUGUUCCUGACCCACAAUGACCCCUAUCGCAGAGAGCUGGAGUCUAUGUUUGAGGUGGAGGAUGUACCGAGGGUGGUGGUGCUGCGUCCAGACUGUUCUGUUCUAUCUCCCAACGCUGUCUCUGAGAUAAGCAGCCUCGGAACCAACUGUUUCCACAACUGGCAGGAAUCAGCUGAGCUUAUCGAUAGGAACUUCAUGCUGAACGAGGAGUUUGAUGACAAAAAGAUGCGGAGCGUCACUGACCCGAUACGCCGCCUCAAAUACAAGGUCAAGAAGAAGAAGAGGAGGCGGUGGGGGUCAGAAUAG